CACCUCUUCAAUUUAAUUGCAGUUCAUACUCUAAUAUGAAUUCAUUGAUAGAUUGUAAAUUUUAUUGCUGACCAUGUAGUGUUUUGAACAUAGUUCUGAAUAUUGCAUAAUAGGUGAACUUGUUAAAAUUUAUUUGUUUGAAUUCAACUUUGGAUAUCGUAGGAUAAACUGGCCAUUGGAUUUAAUUCAGUUUUUUCUUUAAUGAAAAGAUUUGUUCAAUUGUUAGGCAACCUUAUUUACCACCCCUCUAAUGUUGUCAUGAGACUACAAAUUUCAUUCUACCUACCAGAAAAUUUGAAGUUCUUCCAUAGAAUUCUGAGGAGAAUCUUGAAAAGCAUGAAAACACUAAUAGAACGAUAUAAUAAAACAAAAGAGGAGCACCAUCAGCUUGGGAACUCGACUUCUGAAGUCAAGUAUUGGCAAAGGGAAGCAGCAAUGUUACGGCAGCAACUGCAGAGCUUACAUGAAAAUCAUCGGCAAAUGAUGGGUGAAGAGCUGACUGGUCUAAGCGCCAAAGAUCUACAGAAUCUAGAAAAUCAAUUGGAGAUAAGUCUCCGUGGCAUCCGUAUGAAGAAGGAAAAAAUCUUAAUGGAUGAGAUACAAGACCUAAAUAGAAAGGUAAACCUAAUUCACCAAGACAAUACGGAACUUUAUAAGAAGGUAAACCUAAUUCGUCAAGAAAAUCUGGAAUUACACAAAAAGGUCUAUGGAACAAAGGAUGCCAAUGGAGCACACAUAAGCAGUCUUACAAACGGACUUAGUGUUGGAGAGGAUGCAGGCAUACCUAUCGACCUUCAGCUCAGCCAGCCACAGCCACAAGACCAUGAGGCACCAGAAAGAGCUACAAAACUAGGCAGACUACAACUACGCUAGCAAAAAGACGCCCUACACCAACCAGGAAGAUGUUUCUUAUUUUGCAUCAAGAAAAUGGUGUAUGGUUGCUAAUUAUCUUUCAAUCGACAAACUGUGGUAGAGUAGCAGAUUAUUCCAUACCAAAAGAAACCAGCUUUGUCUAGUUUGUGGUGAUUAAAACAAGCGUAUUUAUGCGAAGAGAAGACUAUGCAAAACAAAAAAUAAUUGGAACCGCACCAGCAUGCACACUUCAUUUUCCAGAAAUCUUAAGGUGACUGCAAGAACUUGUUGAUCCUCUGAGAAUCGAUCCUGGAACCUUUUCCCAAUCUUGGAGAAGCUGAAAUUGAAAAGUGGGUUAAUCUCUCCAACUUGCUUUCCCAAUUUACCUCCUCACAGAAUGCUGAUUACUGGCCUUGGAACGUUGAACAGGAGAUUUUUUUUUCUUCGAAGUCCCUCUCUCAAACAUGGACUUCUUCUUGCACUGGAGGUGAUAGCAUUGAUUCUCAUAUUGGAAAAGGGGCUUAUCCUAAGAAGAUCAAAAUUUUUAUACGAGAGCUCAGCCAUUCAUGCAUCAUAAGUCAAGAUUGCCUACAAAGGAGGCUUCCUUGGCUCUAUCUCCCAGAAUUAUGUCCUCUUGAUCAACAAUUGAUCAACAAUUUCCCCUUGGCUGCCAACUAUUGGAGCAUCCUGAUUGCAUCCUUCGAUUGGUUUACUGCCUUCCCCAACAAAAAUCACACUUUCCUUUCCGCGUUCUCACAGGACAUCCAUUCAAAACGGAAAAAAAAAACCUGUGGAAAAACUUCAUCAGAGCUUUAUUUUGGAGUAUUUGGAAAGAACACAACCCUUGAGUCUUCCCAGAAAAACACCCAAAUUUCGACACAACCAUGCAGAAUACUACUUGCUUUUCUCUUUUGUGGUGUAAAAAACACAACCCCCUUUUGUAAUUACACCCCUUCUUCCCUCAUUGCACAGUGGAAGAAUUUUUUUUUUUUGUAAAUCCUCUUGUUAGGACUCUUUGUAGUUUAUUUCAAUCUAUCAAUGAAAUGUUUGUUUCCUAU